GGGUAACAGUUGUCAUUGAGGCCAGCUAAAGAAAGAGAUCAAUUUUAUAUUUUUGUGCAAAAAAAUCCAUUAUUUGGAUGAUGAAAGCAAAAAACGCAGCUGUUAAUGAUAGCUCUCUAGUGGUAGAUACCAAAGUGAAUUAAAAAGGACUGUUAAAAUGACUUCAUCGGAGUUAGACAGCCGGAACAUCGCCAUAUCGAUGAGAAAAUCAGUGGAGAAUCUAGUGAUAUCAUCGCAGGAUGCCAUCGGUCAGAGCAUCAGUCAGGCGCUCACAUUCUCCGGAGUGAUCACACAACAUGCCAACAAUAUUAUACCAGAAAACAGGAGCGUGUCUCGGUCGCCGUCUCCGUCGCCGUCGGCGCGCGACUCGCGGAACACCGACAGCGCCAGUGAAGCGAUAGAUAAUGACAAGACUUCCGAGGCGUCGGUGCAGCUGCUGGCGGCGGGCGGCGACUCGGCCUCCGUGUCCAGCGGCGAGCUGCCCGUCACCGUGGUGGCAGCCCCCGCCAGCAAGGGCGACAACCCCAGGCUGGCUGGCUCCAAGCUGGACCCCGCGCGGACCAAGAAGAAGAGCUGGUACAACGCGCUCUACCCGACCUACAAGAGCAAGGCCGAUGACUUCAAGCGCCUGUUCAAGGAUCUGCCUGAUGAUGAGAGGCUUAUAGUUGACUACUCCUGCGCACUACAGAAGGACAUCCUAGCGCACGGGCGGCUGUACGCGUCGCAGAACUACCUGUGCUUCUACGCCAGCAUCUUCGGCUGGGAGACCAGCAUGACCACCAGGUGGAAGGACGUCACCGCCAUCACUAAGGAGAAGACUGCGCUUGUAAUACCCAACGCCAUCCUAGUAUGCACGGAGGGCGAGAAGAACUUUCUGACGUCGUUCUCCGGCCGCGACAAGGCGUACCUCAUGCUGUUCCGCAUCUGGCAGAACGCGCUCAUGGACCAGCCCAUGACCAGCCAGGAGUUCUGGCAGUGGGUGCACAGCAGCUACGGUGAAGAGUUGGGCUUCAACUCGGACGAGGAGGGCUACGGCCGCGACGCUAUAGACGACGUGCCGCCUCUACCGCACGACGCAGAUCAGGACCUGGUGGAUGCGUCGUGCAUGGAGGGCGGCGGCGAGGAGCCGCGCGGCCCGCGCCCCGCCGCGAGAGACGCUGACCCACCGCUCGUAACGAACGGCGAUGCGUCGUACCGCGAGGAGGAGGCGGGCGACACGCUGCCCACAGACAUGUCCGACACCAGCGACAGCGAGCCCGACAAGCCGCACAAUGGCGGCGACGUGGAGAAGUGCACGGUGGCGCACGACGGCAAGGUGCUGAUCCGCCAGGAGUUCCCCUUCAACAUCGACCAGAUGUUCACCAUGAUAUUCACCAACUCCAAGUUCAACCUCGAACUACUGGCUGCCAGGGGGACUACGGACUAUGUGCAGGCGCCGUGGCAGGCGGCGGGCGGGCUGAAGUGUCGGCAGAUCAGCUACACGCUCGGCCUCACGUCCGGACCCAUCGGGCCCAAGGAGGUGCAGGUCACCGAGACACAGGUAAUGAACAAAUGCUCAGCCCCCGGCGUGCUGUACUCCAUCGACUCGACGAGCGAGAACGCGGGCAUCCCCUACGCGGACUACUUCAGCGUGCAGGUGCACUACUGCCUGCAGCGCCGCGCCGACCACGCCACCGAGCUCGCGCUCUACGGGCACGUCAAGUACAAGAAGACCAUGUGGCCUAUGAUUAAAGCAUUCCUAGAAAAGAACACGAUAUCAGGUUUAGAAGAGUUCUCGCGUCUACUGGAGUCGCGGCUGACGGCCGAGGCGGACUGCGCCGUGCCCGCCACGCGCAAGUCCAGGAGACAUCGACGGGUUACCACGCCCCGCUCGCUGCUGGGGCGCGUGUCGCUGGCGCCGGCCGGCUUGCUGCGGCCGCGGCCGCUCGCCACCACAUCAUCCCAAGAGCCGGGCAUACCUACAGCAGUGAAGCUCCCGACAGCCAGCCUGGUGGCGCCCAGGGCUUCGGUCUCGCGCGUCACGCGGCCCGGCGGCCGGUCAGCCACCUGGCUAGCCGCAUUGUUGGCGGUGCUACUGCUCAUCAAUGCGGCGCUUUACUACAAGUUGUACUAUACGGAUCGGAGCAGUUAUGCCUUCGAUCUGGAUGAUUUGCAGAAUAGGCUUCACUCCAGCCGCGGCGCGCAGAUGUCGGAGUGGUCUGCGCUGCUGGAGCAGCACUCGCAGCGCCAGCGCGGACAGCUCCGCGCCUGGCGCGACGCGCUCGACCGCACCGUCGCGCAUCUCGCGCAGACGGAACAAGCGCUGACGAAGCUAUUAGAGACGAUAAAGCCUUCUCUAGAGAAGGCGCAGAAAGAAGCGGAGUCGCGGGACGAACUCUGAGCUAAUACCUGAUGUCGCUCGUACGUGCGGGUCACUUUAUAUACAGAUAAGUGCAGAUAUACUUCAGUUUUUACGUAAGGUAUAUGUAGAUAUGGUUUUGUAAAGAUACUGGCAUUAUAUGAUCGAAAUUGCAAAGAUUUAGAGUAAAAGUGAAGCUCGUGAGAUAUUUGUAACAUAAGUUAUUUGCCUUGAAAUGGACCCGUAAAACUGUUCUCUUUGAUUUGAAAAGUCAACAAGUCUGGGCCGUGCAAUACCUUCUUAAAUUAUUCAUUUAUUUAUCUUUACAUUGCUCAAACAAAACGCAGUAAGAUAUAAAAGUAUACGAAGAUAUUACAAAACUGAGUGAUUCUGCACAACGCAUGUAUAUUAAGUCACUCGCGUGUCGUGAGAGAGGUAUAUUUGAUCCUAAUACGUCUGCUAGAGGUUUUCUCGACAGUUACACAAAUCUUUUAAUGUUAAGUUCGAAGCACUAUUUAUUUAUAAACCGCAACACAUUAUGUAUUCCUUUUCCAUCAGAAUAUCUUUUGAUGAGUGAUUUAAUUACUAUUUUCAAAUGAAAUAACUUUAAACUAAAAAUUAGUUAUAUCACUCAUGAAAAGAUAUGCCAAUAACAUUUUGACCAAUUCCUCAUUCCCUUUAGUUAUAUAGAAAGAAAACCUCACAGAUCCCCACUGUGAUAAAGUAGAUACAAAUAAUAAUUUUAUUCCUCUAGUGAAUACUGUAAUCCUUCGUGACGUAUGACGCCAAGCGUUUACUUUCCAGUUUCCUUGCUUAAUGUUAAUCAUUGUAAAAUAUAUUUAGUUUUAAUUUAAGGCGAGGUGGAUAAGGCCCUGCGAGUAUAGACUUAAUUUAGGUACUUAUAGAUGCUACAGAAUAUUUGCGCAGCCUUUAUAAGGUUUGGCGCCUCAGUCUUUGUUUGCCGAAUUAACUAGCUUACGUUAAAUGCAUUCAUAAUUUUGCCUACUUCGUACUUAACAUCACACUUUUAUCAUUCGAAGUUUGGCAGCAAUUUAGGGCCUUAUUUGUCACUGUACUUCAUUUCUAUUGUAACAAGCCUGCUUGAUAUAUCAUCACAAAAUAAACAUUACUCAUAACGUAUACUGUACUUUGAGCUAAAGAAAUCCAGUACAGUGGACGCGAGGCUUGAGUUGAGGUUCAUAACGUCAGAAGUACUUACGGCAGUUAUUUUAAAUUCAUGUACAUAGGUGUGUGUGAACAGUGCACAAUAGUUUGGCGACUCGAUAUGGGGCCCUGACACUUACUGCAUUUUCGAAGUGAGUGUGUCCGGGAACCUAACGAGGUCAUUGUCUUCAUAAAUGUACAGAAAUCAUAUUUAUUUGCUUGUCGACUAAAAUAUUGUGUACAGUUGAUGUGAGUUUCUCGGGCGCAACAAUAGUUAUUAAAUAAAAUUAUAUUUAUAAAUAGAACCAAUUAAAGCUUAGGAAACUGCGAUCGCUUCAUGAUGUAACAUGGAUUCACCUUUUUGGCGCCUGCAAUUUUUAAGGAAUACUUUUUUGUAUUUCCUUUGUGGUAAUUUUAUAAAUAUUUAUAACAGAUAUUAAUGAACUCUUAUGAAGCGUAUUUACAUGGUUUCUUCAAGUACAUACGAGUAUGUACGUAUUUAACAAAAUUAUUGACAGCUCUACCAAAAAUUGUUAACCAUGCUUGGUAUAAGGUUCCGAUCGUUGCAUUUGAACAGUUAGAUUAGUUAAACGUAAGGGUAUUGUGUAGUUGACUACCGCCAAACGUCGUCAUAUGCGGCAUAUUGCUAAGCAUACAUUAUAUAAAUUAUUCAUAUUGUAUUUCAAAUCAAUCAGACAUGUAUUCAUUCCAUGAAUUCAAUUUUUAUUUUUGUAUAUUUUUCUUGUUGCCUAAAUGAUGAACUAAAAACCAUUUUUAUAUUACCACUACAUUUUCAACAUUAUUAAUUAUUAAAUAAAACUUGUAAAUACUAGUUACACUCGAUUAUUAUCAGCAAGUCGCAAGAAUAGAUACAUGUCUGAUUCAUGGAGUUAAUAGUCGAAUUAUAUUCAAAUACGAAUCUAAAAUUAUAUAGAUUUAUAUGUCGAAAAUUAAAAGAUUAUUUAUAAGGAAAUUAUCACGGUGUUGUUUAGGAUAUUCAAAGAGUAUUAAAUAUAAGUAAGUCAAUAUUAACGACUAGAUAAAAAAAGGAAAAUAUGCAAAUUUUUCAGUUGUAGUAAUGAUCUCUUAUUGUAAAAAUAUUUUACUACACCUAGUUAUGUUCGGUGCUCUAGUUUUAUUGAAAAUGUAAUGUUUUUAGUUAUUUUAAAUUAAUUUGAUGUUUGUAUAUUCAACAUGUCAAUUAUGUUAUUAUUUAUUGUAAAAUCAUUAGAUGCAAUCCACUUCAUAUUGAAUUCAAUGCCACUGAGUAACGUAUACCUUCACCGGGAACUGUGUAAUGCCUUUAGAUAAUAAAUACAUCGUUAUAUGAUAUUGACUCAUCGCAGUUGUAUUCAAAUUUCAUUCCAGAUGUGUGUGAAAUGAUCUGAACAUUGUAGAUAAGUUGGAAUGGCGGGACAAAUUAUAUAGAUUCCUAUUAGAUAUACCUUUAUUGUGCAUUUCAAUGUCAAAUGGAGUUGGGUAGUCUAGAGAAGUGAACGCCGCACUAUGUAUAAGAAACCAUCGGGAUAUAGGUAAUCGAAUUUUUAAAAUUCAGAACUGGCUCAACUAUCGUCAAUAUAAAUUAUGCCUGUUGAAAUUCUAUUUGUUCUUGACUUACUAAACGUGUGGACUAAGUGCAUAUCUAAUCGCCUCUAAAAAGCUGAGUGUCAAUUUACUCAAGUCCUCUGACGUGUUGUGUAUUGUACUACUGCUAUUGGGUAACAGUUGUAUAGUUAUCGGCACGGAUAAUGAGCUCUCGGCGGAAGAGUGGGGAUCGCUUUGCGCACUGUACACUUAAGGCAAUAAAUCACUUCUGCGCAGGUGAAGGUCAGGGCUCAAUAUCCUUGCCGAGGAGUAUACCGUCGUAGUAGGUACCAUAUACAUAUUGGUCAAACUUAUAUUGCAGCCCUUUUUCCGUGAAUGAUUUUGAACUCUAUUCCGGAUCCCAGAGAAUAGUUUAUCAGAAUGUAAAGACAAUCGGAAACGGUGCUGUAAAACCACUGAAAUUCUAAUUGGAAACUGAGCAGUCACUUCUAAUAUCUAGACUUGUUUUAGCCAUGUGGCUAUGACAAAAAACUUACAAGACCUAGGCUACAGUCUGAUGAAUGAAAUGUGAUUAAUAAAGCUCCCGAUGGUCACUUAUUUGCGGUGUCCACUUCAUUGUCCGUUGUCAAUGCGUGAAAUGGAACGCUUGCCAGAACUACGGUGGGUUUAUUGCACAAUUAAUUCCAUAUAGGUGUAAUGGAUUAUGUAAGUUAGACAAUUCUAUUCUCAGUAUUGAAUAAAUAUUUUAAUGAAUUAA